AUGUCUCCCCCGGCCUCAGUGGGUUUCUCCAAUCUACUGAACCCUCAAGAAGCAGCGGAUUCGGCCUCGCCCACCACUGCCCAACCUACUUCGUCUCCCUCGUCAGACCCUUCCAUGGCUUCUUCCGUCAGCUUGUUGCCGCCUCUCAUGAAGGGUGCUCGUCCUGCCAACGAGGAGGUCCGUCAGGAUCUUCCCCGGCCUUACAAAUGUCCUCUUUGCGACCGGGCCUUCCACCGCCUGGAACAUCAGACUCGUCACAUUCGGACGCAUACCGGUGAAAAGCCCCAUGCUUGCCAGUUCCCCGGCUGCACCAAGCGCUUCAGCCGCUCGGAUGAGUUGACUCGUCACUCGCGCAUUCACAACAACCCCAACUCCCGUCGAAGCAACAAGGCCCAGCACCUCGCUGCGGCUGCAGCGGCUGCAGCUGGCCAGGAUGCUGCCAUGGUUAAUGCGGCCAACAUGAUGCCCCCUCCUAGCAAGCCUAUUACUCGUUCUGCGCCAGUUUCUCAGAUUGGCUCUCCGGACGUUUCUCCGCCUCACUCUUUCUCCAACUAUGCCAACCACAUGCGCUCCAACCUGGGCCCUUACUCGCGCACCUCGGAGCGCGCUUCUUCCGGUAUGGACAUCAAUCUGUUGGCCACUGCAGCCUCGCAAGUUGAGCGAGAUGACCACCUGGGCUUCCACGGAUCGCGACACCACAUGUAUGGAUCGCGCCAUCACGGCCGUGGUCUGCCUUCGCUCUCCGCCUAUGCGAUCUCUCAGAACAUGACUCGGUCGCACUCCAACGAUGACGAUGAUGGAUACGGGCACCGCGUCAAGCGCUCGCGUCCCAACUCUCCCAACUCUACUGCUCCUUCGUCUCCUACCUUCUCUCACGACUCGCUCUCUCCUACCCCUGACCACACUCCUCUCGCUACUCCCGCGCACUCUCCUCGUCUGCGCCCUCUUGGAGCUAAUGAGCUACACCUGCCUUCCAUCCGCCACCUGUCUCUCCAGCACACUCCCGCGCUCGCCCCCAUGGAGCCCGCCCCCGAGGGUCCCAACUACUACAGCCCCGGCCAGGGUCACAUGGGUCCCAGCAUCACAGACAUCAUGUCAAAACCGGACGGUACGCAGCGCAAGCUGCCCGUGCCGCAGGUCCCCAAGGUUGCGGUACAGGACAUGCUUAACCCGCCUACUGGAUUCUCUUCGAUGUCUUCGUCGACGAACAAUUCCGUUGCGGGUGGUGAUCUGGCCGACCGCUUCUGA